AUGAAGACUGCUGUCGUUGCUACCCUCGUCGGCUCUGCCUUUGGCUCUGCCAUCUCCUCCCCGUGGUUGGACUGGACCUCGUCGACCACCACCACCACGACCACCACCAAGGUCCCCGUUGAUCCUGCGACCACCCACACCUGGGCUGACUGGACCACGACCACCACCACGACCAAGGUUCCUGUUGAUCCCGAGAGCACCCACACGUGGGGCGACUGGACCACCACUACCACCACAACCACGACCACCACGCCCGCUGUGUGCACCUCGACCAUCUCGACCUCCGUCUCGUGCGCAACCACCCACCACAAGGAGACCUGCACCACCAGCACCCUGACUGUCUGGGAUACCCUUCUGUGCACCGGAUGGGAAGACUGGUCGACAACCACCAGCAAGGUUGUUGAUCCCACCAGCACCCACACCUGGGGCGACUGGACCACGACUUCCAGCGUUCCCGUCGAAGCUGUUACCACGACCUCCGUCCCCCACACGUGGGCUGACUGGUCCUCGACCAGCAGCGUCCCCGUUGCACCGGCCACCACCAGCAGCGUGCCUGUCGCUGCCGUCUCCACCAGCACCUGGGGCUAUGCUCCUUACUCGUCGAGCAGCCUCCCCGUCGCUCCGGCCACGUACACCGGCGCCGCCUCGCUCCCCAAGAUCGAGCUCGGUGUCCUCGCCAUCAUGGGUCUCGCCGCUGCGCUGUAA